AUGCUGAGGAGUAUUGCUAGGAUAUCGAGAAACGUUAUUCCUAGACAAACAAGGUUUUGUUCAACUAAAAAUGGAUCGGAUAAUUUCAACAAACUGGAAGAAAGCGAGGAUUUCGAGCCUGUUACUUUGGAUGUAAACCCAUACAAGAAGGAUAAAAUCAAGUGUGUGUUGUGCAGAGAGAAUAUUCAGUUGGAUUAUAAGAAUACUCGACUUUUACAGGUAAACCAUUUAUUUAUUUUUGGAGUUUUAGGUAACAAACAGAAAAUGAGACGUAGAUAUGAAAACAAAGCAAUUUUGAUGAAACCUUUUUUUAUUAAAACGUUAUGUCUCCAAACUUUAUCACAAUACCUUUGUCAUUCAAUAUCUAAUUCUAUUUUUGCAGCAAUUCGUCUCAUCGUUCAGUGGUCGUGUCUAUGAACAACAUGUGACUGGACUGUGUAAGAAACAAUACCAAGCCGUAGUGGAGACGAUAAGACUGAGCCGGAAAGCCGGCUACAUGCCUGUUAUGACCAAGGAUCCCAAAUACUUGAGAGAUCCCAAACUGUUCGAUCCAAUGAGGCCAAUUCGACCUCAUUCUUACGCUUAA